AUGGCUGUGAUGAGAAAGAGGUUCUCCUCUGUCUGCUCCUCUUGGUCGGCUGAAGAAGGCAGCGUGAGCCUCUAUGACAGCGUUCCCCUUUCUGCCGCUGAUCCCUCCAGUGAAGAAGAACAUCCCUAUGCAUCGCUGCUCUGCUGUCAUCGUGUCCAAGACUCGCUGCUGAGCUCCAACAGCAGCUUCACCAGAUACAGAGGCAUCCUCAACUGGAUCAUCAUUCUCCUGGUCCUGACUCAUGCUCACUUGUUUCUGGAGAAUUUCAUACAACAUGGUUUCUUGAUAGAUGUGAAAAAGGUCUUGGAGCAUCUCAUCGAGGACAACUGCAACUGGCCAUCUGUCAACCUCAUACUGGCUGCCAACAUGUUUGCCGUUGCAGCUCUGCUCCUCGAGAGAUCUCAGGAAAAGGGUGUGCUGUCCCCCGCCAACGCUCAUCGUUUACAUCUCAGUAAUCUGGGGCUGCUGCUGCUGUUUCCUGCUGCAGUCAUUGUACACGAGCCAACGAUAUCAACAGGUGGAGCCUUCCUCUCUCUCUGGUUCUACACCGCUCUGGGGAUGAAGCUUUAUUCAUACCAGGAAACUAAUCGCUGGUACCGACAGGCUCAUUUAACUGAUGCAGAGACAGACAAGAAUGAUCCUGUUGCACAAGAAGUCAACAGUGAGCAUCUUACUUUCCAAGAUCUUUAUUAUUUCCUCCUUGCCCCGACUCUGUGCUACCAGAGAGGCUUCCCAUGUACUCCUCGGGUCCGCAUCAAUAAGCUACUGCACAGGCUGCUGGAAAUGGUGGUCGUUAUCCAGAUCAUGGUUGGAAUAGUGCAGCAGUGGAUAGAGCCCAUCUUCCAGAGAUCAGAAAACUCCUUCUCUAAUAUGGACAUCACUAUGAGGGUGGAGCACCUGGUCGGCCUGGUGGCACCAACCCAUUUCCUGUGGCUCCUCUUCUUCUUCUUGAGUCACUCCUACCUGAAUUUCUGUGCAGAGCUGCUGUGCUUCGGGGAUCGACAUUUUUAUGGAGACUGGUGGAACGCUACGACUCUGAUCACUUUCUGGAAGAACUGGAAUAUUCCUUGUCAGAAGUGGUGUCACAGACACGUGUACACACGGCUGGUGGAAAAGAAUGUGCCCCCGUCGCGAGCCGAGUUACUGGUCUUCCUCAUGUCUGCUGCUCUUUGCGAGUGUAUGAUUGCUCUGCCCUUGCAUAGCUGUCGUCUGUGGAUCUUCCUCAUGAUGGUAUUUGAGCUUCUGGUUGCAGUCUUUCUCGGAGAUUAUUUCCAGGGAAACUAUGGCAACGGUUUAGUGUGGCUGUGCCUGCUGCUGGGCCCUCCUCUGGCUGUGACCACCUAUUUUCAUGACCACUACAUCGGCACCCCUCACCAUCAACAUCAGUCAUCAUCCUCACCACAGACAACAGACCACCGUCUUCCCGCCGCAGUUUUCCUGCAGCCUCACUGA